AUGGGACACGACGACGACGACGUACAAGAGAAGGCCGCAUCCCCACCACCGGCCGCCGCAUCUCCUCCACGAAGGAAUCCAACGCCGCCCGCGGUCGAAUCUCCUCCACAACAGCAAGCUCCACCUGCGCCGCUGCCUCCGCCAAUGCCGACGACAACAGCCGCCGCCUCAUCGGCACCGGCUGGUGCUGCAUCGAAGAGGAAGAGGUCGUCCGCCGAGACACAGAGAUCACUCCAACCACCUGCGGCAAAGAGGAAAGCUUUGAACACGAAGAUCCCAAAGACGACCAAGCUUUCAUAUGAGAAGACCGACGAGGAAGUUGAAAGCCCAAGUUUGCCGAGGCCUCAACGAGGAGAAUACCAUCCAAAAGAGAAUGCCGGUGGAGCAGCGAAGCGCAUCGCCGUCAUGUCAAAUGGAGCAGCGGCAGGCUUCCCGCGGUGA